AUGGGGUGCAGGCUUCAGACGGUUGGGAUACGUGCUGCUAACGGACCACCUUCAACCGCAGGACAACUUGGCCCCUUUGUGCGCGCGCGGCGGCUCCCUGGGUUUGCGAAGCCGGUGGCUGGUUCUCAAAAUUCAUCUCUACAAAUUGUAAUUCCAAAAGAAAUCCAUACAAAAUUAAGUGAUAAUUCAAAAGUAGAAACUAAACAAUUAUCUUACAUCAUUCGAAUAGAUGAGCAACCAUAUACUGUGCACCUUAAGAAAAGAUUUCUUUUAUCAGACAACUUUAUGGUUUACGUGUAUAAUGAAGGAUCCCUGAAUUCUCAUUAUUUAAAUUUGCAAGGACAAUGCUACUACCAAGGAUAUGUUGAGGGAUACCCAAAUUCUGUAGUCUCACUCAGCACGUGCUCUGGACUGAGAGGAAUGCUGCAAUUCGAAAAUGUUUCAUAUGGAAUCGAACCUCUAGACUCUGAUACUGAUUUCAAGCAUGUACUUUAUAAAUUUAAGAAUGAAAACAAAAGAUACGCGAAUGUCAAAUCUUACCAAUACAUAGAGGAAAAUGAAAUGGAGUAUCAUCACAUUUUAAGGGAAAACUUAAAACCACCUGUUGCAGACACCAGUCCUCUCUAUCUGGAAACACAUAUUGUGGUGGACAAACCUUUGAUUGAUUACUUGGGCUCUGAUACCACAGUUGUAACAAAUAAAAUCAUCGAAGUUAUUGGUUUUGUAAAUUCAAUGUUUGCCCAACUUAAAGUUACAGUUGUGAUAGCAUCAUUAGAGUUGUGGUCAGAUUAUAACAAGAUUUCUACCGUUGGUGAGGCAGAUGAAUUAUUGCAAAGAUUUUUAAAAUGGAAAAAUACUUUUCUUACCUUAAGACCUCAUGAUAUUGCACUUCUUUUGGUCUAUAGUGAUCAUCCAGAGUAUGUGGGAACGACGUUUCCUGGAAAGGCAUGCUUUGAUCAUUAUUCUGCAGUAAUUGCUUUGUAUCCCAAGCAGGUAACCUUGGAGGAAUUUUCCGUUAUUGUCACUCAGAUGUUGGGGAUUAGUCUUGGAAUAUCAUAUGAUGAUAUAAGAGAGUGUCAAUGUUCAGGACUCUUUUGUAUAAUGAAUCCAGAAGCCAUGAGAUUCAGUGGUGUGAAGACUUUUAGCAGUUGCAGUUUGAGUGACUUCGAAAAUUUCAUUUUAAACUCGGGUGCCAAAUGCCUACAGAAUAAACCGCAACUGAAAGCUACUGGACCAUCCUGUGGUAAUGGAAUUGUGGAGUCUGGAGAACAGUGUGACUGUGGUAGUGAAGAUGAAUGUGGAGCUGAAAGCUGUUGUGAUUAUUCAACCUGUAAACUUAAAAGUUGGGCAGAUUGUGACAGAGGAUUAUGCUGCACAAGUAACUGUAAAUUUAGACCAGCAGGACAUGUUUGUAGAGACAAGCGGCACGCAGAAUGUGAUAUUAUUGAAACAUGCAAUGGAACAUCAGGAGAAUGUGCUCGUGAUAUAACAGUCAUUGAUGGACAUUUGUGCAAAAGUGGCCAAUUUAUGUGUUUCAAUGGAAACUGCCAAGAUCUUGAUGACUAUUGUGUGGCUCUAUUUGGACAAGGGUCACGAAAUGCUCCAUUUAAUUGCUAUGAAGAAAUAAAUUCUCAACAUGAUAGGUUUGGAAACUGUGGUUUUGAAAAUGGAAAAUAUAUAUUCUGUCCUUGGAGAGAUCUUAUAUGUGGAAGAUUAAUUUGUACCUACCCCUCUACAGUUCCUUUCCAUCGAGACAAUGCUUCUGUGAUUUAUGCCUAUAUAAAAGGCACUUUAUGUGUAACUAUAGACUACAGAGUGCCUGUCACUGAUCCGGAUCCUAUGAGAGUUGAGAGUGGUGCUAAUUGUGACACUGAUAGGGUUUGUUACAAUGGAAAAUGUUUAGAAAAAAGAUGGCUUGUGAAUAGAGCACGUACUUGUACAGCUCGUUGCAAUAACCAUGGAGUAAAUUUAUUCACAGAGAAAACACUUAAGAAGGCUGGAAAAGAACGGUGGCUUCUGGCUUCCUACAUCGCUUUGCCUGGUCUCAUCGUAACAAUCUUAAUAGCUGUCUCAUGGGAUCGCUGGAAAAAAUGUUUCGUUAAGGAAGAGGAAUACACAAGUACCGAGUAA